AUGGCUAUAACAGUGUUAUCCUUAUUUGUAAACGAAACUGAAAUCUCAAAUUUAUGGAAAUUUGAUUUGAUCGGAAUCAGUGAUCCUGUUGAGAAAAAAAAUCUAAUAAACGAGAUUGAUCUUCAGACCAAGAAGCAUUUUUUAGAAAUAGCGACAGUUAAUAAAGAGGGUCGAUAUGAGGUUUGUUUAUCGUGGUCUAAUGAUAAGUCACUUUUGUCCGCCAACUUGGAUUUGGCGAGAAAAAGGCUCGACUACACUACUUCAAAUCUUGUAGCUAUGAAUAUGUAUGUGAAAUAUGAAAAUGUUCUUCUAAACUGGUUAGAUGAAGACAUAAUAAAGGAAGUUCCGAAGAACGAAAUGACCUCUUAUGGUAAUUAUUUACCUCCCUGUGCUGUGAUAAAAGUAAAACUAAGUAGCAGCGCCCAGUGUGAUGCUUCAGCUCGAUUAGCCACUUAUCCAUCUUUGAAUCAGUACUUGGAAUGUGGUCCUAAUCUUAUUGAGCUUAUACCAGAUAUUCUUCUUCGAUUCAGAGAUAGAAAGUUUGGCGUUAUAGCUGACAUUAGGAAAGCUUUUCUACAAAUAAAUAUUCGUAAUGAGGAUAGAGAUUUCCUGCGGUUCUUGUGGUGGAAAAAUAGGGAAUAA